UUCUCGUCGUCGAGUCUCCGCAGCUGUCCGGCCGACGACGCGCUUCCUUAUUUAUUACCACCGCCGAGCGUCUUGCUGCUGCGAUGAUCUUCUUCUCUUGCUCUCUAUCGGUCUUCAUUUCUUUUCCUCGUUUGAAGCCCCGCUCUUCUUCUCUAGAAAACCCUAUUAUGUGAUUCAAUCUCGUCUCUCGCUCAUCUCAAUUCCCUACAUAAGCUGCUAGCUUAUUCAUGGUGUGCAGCGCGAGGGAACAGCAUCGAGGCUUAGUAUUUACUUCUUCGUCUUUUUCUUCUUCUCUAUGUUCGCUUGUCUUCUCAUAGUAGAUGGCAAGUUUGAACAUCCAUUCCUCGAGGAGUUUAAAUGACGUUGCGGUGCCUGCUUGGGACACCAUUUGGGGCUCCAUUAUUGCGGAAACCAUGUUGGAGGCUGAGAAAGAACCGAUAUUGAGUAGCUUUCUGUACGCUAGUAUUCUGUCUCACGACUGCUUAGAACGCGCGUUGGGUUUUGUACUGGCUAAUAGGCUCCAGGACCCAACGCUGCUCGCAGCACAACUUAUGGACAUUUUUUACUAUGCUAUGAUGAAUGAUAGUGGCUUUCAGCAUGCAAUACGCCAAGAUAUUAAGGCUUUCAAAGAUCGGGAUACUGCAUGUGCAUCAUACAGCUGGACUUUAUUGUACCUCAAGGGGUACCAUUCACUGGAAUCAUAUCGUGCAGUCCAUGUAUUAUGGAAUCAAGGACGAAAACUUCUAGCACUGACACUGCAAAGUAGAAUUAAUGAGGUUUUUGCUGUGGAUAUACACCCAGCUGCAAAAAUUGGAGAGGGAGCUCUUUUGGAUCAUGCAAUUGGUUUAGUUAUUGGUGAAACUGCUAUUGUGGGAAACAAAGUUUGUUUAAUGCAGGGUGUUACUUUAGGAGGAACAGGUAAGCAGACCGGCUAUAGACAUCCUAAAGUUGAGCAAGGCGCUCAUAUUGGGGCUGGGGCCACAAUCCUUGGAAAUAUAACAGUUGGUGAAGGAGCAAUGGUUGCUGCCGGCUCACUUGUUUUAAAGGAUGUGCCUCCUUUUAGUAUGGUUGAAGGAAAUCCAGCGAAGGUAGUUGGAUAUCUAGAAGAGGAUGAUCCCUCUACGACUACGAAGCAUGGGAAAGGAAUCCAAGAUUGCCUACCUGUAGAUGCAUACCACCAAUAAGAUUUAUCUAUGAUUAUAUUAUUCAUAAAUUAAAUAAAGAAAAUAUAAAUAUUUUAAAUGAGUUAAACAUAUACCAAUUAAUGUAGCACAUCAUCUAAAU